CGGAGGGAAUCGUCGAGAAGAGGACGAGGGAGAGGGAGAGGGAGAGGGAGAGGGAGGCGUCGAGACAGAGUAGCUUCAACGGGACGAGGCCGGUGUUGGAUCGGUCGGUGUCGGCCUGCUCCCGACGCACCGGCGGAGCGUGUUCCAAGGGCGGCUACGUGGCACUCUGGAUCCACGCCGAGAGGGACGCGGCCAACGUCGACCUCCUCCUGUCCCUCCUGCAGGACGCGCCUCUGCUCAUCCUCCAUCUGUUUAUCAUGACGAGGACUCUCUCCCGAACAGGGCGCUGCACGGCCAUCUUAGCCAGACGAUCAUAUGGCAGAUGACCUCGGUGACAGCCUCCCUCCUGACGCUGGCCUGGUCCGUCGCCUCCUUCGUCCGCGCCGUCAGGCUGUGCGAACCGGCGCUCGGGAACCUCAGCAUCCUCGACCUGGUUCUUCUCACCCUCUCCCACUUCUGCUCCAUCGCGGCAGGUAAUGAGCUUUUCCCUAUUCGCGUCGAAGCUUCUGGUGGCGUUCGUGAUGGUGGUCGCCUUCCACUGGGUGCUCAUGUCCCUGUGGGUGCUCUCGCAGCUCCUGUGCUUCCCUCGGACGGCCUCCACUCGCGCCGCCUUCGCCCACGACCGCCAGCGGGGCCUCUGCCACCAGCUCGACGACGUCCUCUACGCGGGCGCCAUGGGCCUGGUGUUCCUCUUCACCUUCGUGGACGUGGGCGGCGUCGCUCCCAAGACACAGAGCCUCAUGUACCACGUCCUGAGGCUGCUGGAGGAGGCCGUCCUUCUCACUGUGUGGUGGGUGCGGGCCGUGGGCGCCGCGCGGUAUUGAUUGCGGGCGCUGAAGGUCAGGUGUCGGUCAUCUGGGUGGAGGGGUCGGAGUGGUACCACUGGCUGCCCAUCUUCCUGGUCCCGGUUCUCUUCUGCCUUAACCUGGCCUUUGACACUCUCCUGACUGUGAACUCGACCCCCUCCCGCUGCGCCCCCCUCUCUGCCUCGCCCGUCCCCGUCUGA